AUGUCUAGUUUAAUCCCAAUCUCCACUUAUAACUUAGCUCUUCAACCAUUCAACCCGGUUCAAGCUAUUGAUGACGAAUAUCCAGUUACCAUCAGAUUAACUUUAGCUGCUGUUGACCCAGAAGCUGUUGAUGAUAAGGAAGAACCAUCUACCUUGAGAUUAUUAAAAAGAUCCAACUUGUUUGUUGAUGACGAAGAUCUUGAAGAUGAAUUGCUUGAUAUUGAAGCUGAAGAAGCUGACGAAUUAGAUUCUGAAGAAGAGGAAGAAGUCAAGCCAAAGAACAAGAAGAAGCAAAACAAGAAGAAGGUCGAAGAAGAAGAAGAAGAAGAUGAAGACGAAGAAGACCUUGACAUUGACGGAUCAUCUGACGAGGAAGAUGAUGAAGAUGUUUCUGAAUUUGUUGUUUGUACUUUAUCUCCAAAGGUUCAAUUCCAACAAACCAUUGACCUUACUAUCACCCCAGAUGAAGAAGUCUACUUUGUUGUCACCGGUUCUUACCCUGUCCACUUGACUGGUAACUACGUUGAACACCCAGCUGACGAAGAUUCUGAAGAUGAAUACGAUGAAGACAGCGACGAUGAAUACAACUUGACUCCAGAUGAAGAUGAAAUCAUUGAUGGUGAAGAAUACGACUUAGACGACUUAGAAGAUGCUUCUGACAUCGAAAAUAAGAUUGAAGAAUUAGUCGAAGAAGAGGCUCAAGGUUCCAAGAAGAGAAACGCUGAAGAACCUGAAGCUCCAACCUCAAAGAAGUCAAAGAAGGCUAAGAAGGAAGACAAAAAGUCUGUUCAAUUCACCAAGGAAUUAGAACAAGGUCCAACUGGUUCUACCUUAGUUGAAGAAAAGGCUGACAAGAAGGGUAAGAAAGAAAAAUCUAAGAAAGAAGAACCAAAGAAGCAAGAGCCAAAGAAAGAAGAAGCUUCCAAGAAAUUCCCAACCAAGACCUUAUUAGGCGGUGUUAUCACUGAAGACAGAAAGGCUGGUAAGGGCCAAACUGCCAAAUCCGGUAACAAGGUUGGUAUCAGAUACAUUGGUAAAUUGAAAAAUGGUAAGGUUUUCGACAAGAACACCUCCGGUAAACCAUUCAUCUUUGGAUUAGGCAAGGGUGAAUGUAUCAAGGGAUUUGAUUUAGGUGUUGCUGGUAUGGCUGUUGGUGGUGAAAGAAGAGUUGUUAUUCCAGCAAAGAUGGGUUACGGUAGCCAAGCUUUGCCAGGUAUUCCAGCUAACUCUGAAUUGACUUUCGACAUCAAGUUAGUUUCUAUCAAAUAG